ACACCUAAAGCCUAAAACUUUUUAAAACCAUACCACACAAGAAAUACACACAUAAACUCGUUCUCUCAUCGAGAUGCCUGGCAGUUUAGAACCGUUGGAUUUGGGGGUUCAGAUUCCGUACCACUUCAGGUGCCCAAUCUCGCUUGAGCUUAUGCGAGACCCGGUCACUGUCUGCACCGGUCAGACCUACGACCGUCCAAGCAUCGAGUCAUGGGUGGCUACCGGCAACACCACCUGUCCGGUAACACGAGCAACGCUAACGGAUUUCACUCUAAUCCCUAACCACACACUCCGACGGCUAAUCCAAGAAUGGUGCGUCGCCAACCGUGCUUUUGGCGUCGAGCGGAUUCCGACGCCGAAGCAGCCGGCAGACCCUUCGAUGGUUCGCUCCUUGCUCAACCAAGCUUCGUCAGAUUCCGCGCCGACUCAGAUCCGGGUCAACUCGCUCCGCCGACUCAGAGGACUCGCCCGCGACUCGGAUAAGAAUCGCUCUCUCAUUGCUUCCCUCAGCGCCGUUCAGAUCUUACUAACUGUCGUUUUCUCGUGUAACGGUUCCGACGAGAUGAACCAUGAGGCGCUUGCGAUUCUCGUGAUGUUCUCGCUUGGCGAGAAUGAAUGCGAGUUUGUUGCAUCUGAUUUGGAUAAGAUCCGGUACCUGUCAAUGCUUUUGUUUCAUAGUUCAAUGGAGGUCCGUGUUAACUCGGCCGCGUUGAUCGAAAUCGUUGCCGCCGGGACUCGGUUGCCUGAGCUCCGAUCUCAGAUUAGCAAUGUCGACGAAAUCUACGAUGGGGUGAUUGAUUUGCUACGGAACCCGAUAUCGUUCCCGCGCGCGCUCAAGAUCGGGAUCAAGGCGCUGUUCGCGCUGUGUCUUGUGAAGCAGAACCGGCACAAGGCGGUGGCAGCGGGUGCGCCGGAGGUUCUCGUCGACAGACUCGCCGAUUUCGAGAAGUGCGAUGCUGAGAGAGCGCUUGCGACGGUGGAGCUCCUAUGCAGAGUUCCGGCAGGGUGCGCGGCGUUCGCUGAACACGCGCUGACGGUGGCACUGCUGGUGAAGAUAAUACUGAAGAUCUCAGAGCGUGCAACAGAGUAUGCCGCCGGUGCGCUUCUGGCGCUGUGCUCGGAGUCGGAGCGGUGCCAGAGAGAGGCGGUGGCUGCGGGUGUGCUGACUCAGCUUCUGCUUUUGGUCCAAAGCGAUUGCACGGAGAGGGCGAAGAGGAAGGCGCAGCUGUUGCUGAAGCUGCUUCGGGAUUCGUGGCCACAAGAUUCCAUUGGAAAUUCUGAAGAAUUUGCAUGCAGCCAGGUUUUGGUGGUGCCACUUUGACACACGCCUUUUCCUUCCUUCUUUCUUUCUUUCUUUGUAAUCUCAUAAAAUUGUAAUUUUUGUUAGUUAAAAAAAAUUAUUUAGAUUAUUAAAAAAAAAAGAUGGACAUAUAAAUUGUGAAGUUGGAACUUAGAAUUAAUUCUCAGAUUUGUAGUAGAUCGAACUGUAAUUGUGUAUUAUUUUUCCCUCUGUAUAUGUAAGAAUUAUUGUGAAGAACGAAACAAAAAUCAUCGACAGGUUGUAAUUUUUGCAAGAUUGAAAAUAGAACUAACUUUUUUUUUCCCA